GAUUGAUCAUCCAGUCACCGUUGAAGUAUGCAAGAUGGCGGAGAGUGCGCGUCGGUUUCUGGGCAGCAGUCCUUCGCGGACACUUGCAAGGAAUUAUGAUCCGUACGGAGGAGGUGAUGAGGAUAUAAUGCGGAUGGAAGACAUGCACCAUGCUGUGAGCCAGACAAAAGACAAGAUUGGGAGCUUGCGACAGGCGUUAUCAGAAAAAAAUCAAGUCAUCAGAAGGGAGCGUUCUCUGAGGAAGGCCGCAGAGCGUCGUGAGCUGGACAGAUCCACAGAGGAUACCUUUGUUGACAUGUAUGCAGGCUCCAGUCCAUCUGUCAAUGAAGAGCUGAAAGACUGGCUGUCCCCGGCCAAGCAGAGAGACCGCAUAUUACGGGGUGGUAAACCGCAUCCCAAGGAAAAAGAGCUCCAGAGAAAGACAGAAGCCACUGAGCGGUCUCCCAAGGAAAGUAAAGGAGUUGAUCAGACGGACGCACCGAAGGAUGACCUGACCCUGACCUCAGAGGAUGACAUGAGAAGUGAGGAGAUGGAGGAUGUAAGGGGAAGACAGGAACGAAGAUCUAGGAAACCCAGGAGAAGAAGAGCUCACGAUGAUUACUACCUUGACAGCCGCCCAGCCUGGAACUCCAACUUUACCAUGCCCCCUGCUCAUGGUGCCUGGUACAACCCCAGCAUGGGUUACUCGGUGCCGGCCAACGCCUGGGUCAGUCCUCCCCGCAUGGGACCACUAGACCAGGGCCAGUGGCCCAGCUAUGCUCAGUUUGCCCACAAUGAGCCCAACCUAGCCCGCGGGCCACCGGCGGUCAGAAGACACAGCGAUGUUGGGCAGGCCAUCCCUGAUUUGACCACUAGUCCUGAAGGAAAGAAUGCAUCAACUGAGAUGAAAGAUUCAUCCAAGGUGUCUCCUUCUGCCAACGCAGCCCAGCCUGGCCCGCAGGUUACCAGCACACCCAUCAGGAUAGUAGUGGAUAGGGGAACCAGUGCCAAGACAGACUUUGAGGAAGGUGUACCAAUGCUGCUGUCGGAGCUUGGCUCAACCAGAGAUAUCAACAAAGAGUUGCAGGAGAGACUUCUUGAGACAGAACAGGAGAUUGAAUCCCUCCGGCUUUCUCAGAGUCUUACAGAGGCAACACUGGAGGCUCGGGUAGCAGCCAGAGCUGCGGCUGUAGUGGAAGAGAUCUACGCUGCCCAGAAGAAAAGAGAUGAGGCCGUCAUGGCCAGACUGCGACUGGCCAAUGAAGAACGAGAUGAGUCCAUAGCUAGACUGCGCAGGAUGGAGAACAAGGAUGAUUUUGACUCGGGAACGGACGUGGAUGAUGAGUAUGGCACACCAGACAUGAGCAUGGGUGACCUGCUGGCAAGGCUGAGCGUGUCAGACACGGGACCGGAGAUCGCCAUGUAUGGCAAGUCCAUCCUGGGUCAAAUCAACAAGGUCAAGUCCAGCAAGGGUCGCAUCGUGGCAGAAGAGAUGCGGACGAUUAUUCAGGAGAAGGAUGCAGCACUGGCCAAGUGUAAGAAACUUGAGAGGGAGGCAAUUGAGCUGAGACGGACCGCUGGAGGGCUGACCGCUCUGAAUAAUAACGAACAGAGCCUAAGGUCCCAGCUGGACGCUACCAGACAAGAGAGGGACUUGGCGCUGGCCAAAGUGCGCAAGCUCCAAGAAGAGUUGGAUGAACUUAAAAUAUUCUACAGUCUCCACAAGUCCCUGUCCCAGGAAGCAGAGCUACGGGACCACUUCAACACCACCAUCGGUGGGAUGACGGAGCAAGUCAUGGCUAGCGAUGAGAUCCUGGCCCAGACUAAGCUCAGUAACACUCAGCUGUCCGGCCAGGUCAAGCAGCUACAGAAUGAGCGUAGCGCCAUGGCAGCCCAGCUGCACCAGGCACUGCAGGCACAGCGAGACGCACAGGCCAAACUUAAAGAGAAGGAAAGACUGAUUGCAGUACUGCGCAAGAAAGUUGCUGAGGGAACCGUUAAAACCGUGAACUAGCACCGAAUUCCUGAAGUGGAUGUACCAAGCAUCUGCAAUUGAUCGAUCGAUUGGCGAUUCCCCACCCCCCCCCCAAUCCUAUGUUGACAGAACUAAAGCAAACAACCUGUCCUAGAGAAAUGGCCAUAUGAAUAUAUACAAAAUUCAUCUUGCUGUUUCAGUCGUAUCUAUCUGUUUUUGUCUUUUUUUCUCUCUUUUUUUUUUUUUUUUUUUUAACCCAACAUUGGACGGGGCCAGUGCAGCUGUUUGCGUUUCAACGCCACAGCAGAGACAGCCUUCCCAGCCGGCCGUUUCCAUUUGAACAAAUAUGAAUUUCUUGCCGGGGACAAGGAGGCCCGUGUUUGCCUGUAGUCAUAGAAGGAAAGUAUCUGUCCACCGACAGGCAAAAUGAGAACAAACAACGCUGAAAGUUUUAGGCUCUCCAGAAGAAUGAAAAAAAAAACUGAUAAGGUUCCUAUCUGGACUGAUACAUUGCCAAUUUUGAUCAGGGGGCUGUAGUUGCUGGAUUUCUUACCCUGGGUCAACAAGACUCGGGCUAUUCGCGGCUUCUUUCCAUCACAGAGGCUAAAGAGGCUUCCUUUUUUCUCCCUUUUUUUGGGGGGGGGGGGGGGGGUGUGUUUGUCCAGAGGAGUAGAUCAGUCAUGGAAAGUGUUAGCUAUGAUACGUUUGAACAAAUCCCGCGGUGUUUGAGCAGAGACAAUUGCAUCACUUGAUGAAUUGUCAAUCAGUCUGGCUGGACAACCCCUCCAUAUCACUCACUAUGGAUGAUCCGAAUGGUGCGUCAUUAUGAGGAUUUGAUUAUUAAAUUAAAAACCCUAUUAUUUUUGGUUGUGAAAUUGAUACAGCAAGCUACUUUCAAUUUCCUUGUUGUUUGGUUUUGGAUUUUCUUUUAUUCUUUCCAAACUUUUAAGUUUAACCAAUACGUUUGCCCAGAUGUGAAAAUUGGAAUUCACCGGUUUGAACUUCUUCAGUUGAAUGAAUGUUGCUGAAUGUAAGAAAGAAAAUUCAACACAGUAUGGGCAGAUGAUACUCUGUAAAUACUCUUCAAAAAGUCGAGACAAUUCUCCAAUUGAUUUCUUUCAGAGUGAACUACUUUGUAUGAAUUUUUGGUUGAAUUUUAUACCAGUCCAAAUCAGGGGCGGAUCCAAGAAUUUUUGGAGGGGGGGGGGGUUCAGCAGCAAAAAAAUCUGAAAUGAAGAUAGGUUUUUUUCUUCGGACACUUGGUCUCCGUAAAAUCAAAAACUGUUCUACAACACAUUUACUGUCAGUAAAUUCGCAAACCAGUGUGGUUCGUCAUUUUUACUCAGUAUUGACAUUAUCAAUGACAGAUUGGACAUGAAUAUGCUAAUAUUUUUCUUUGUACAUUAAUUUCAAACUUUAAGGUGAAAAAAAGCAUGUGCCUCUAUAUUUGUACAUAUUUGGUUGGAGACUCAAAUGCAAGAUUUAAAGUCUGCUUUGUGUAGUACAUGUAUAUAUUGUUGCGGUUCUCUAAAUUUGAAAAAAAAUAUCAUUUGGCAAUUAUUCAGAAUGGUUUGUUUUUUUUCGUUUGUGAACAUCAUGUUCAACAUCAUUAUUUAUUCAAUAAAAUACCAAUAUUUGACUAUUUUAAA